AUGGAGAAAGCAAAAUUGCGCAGUGCUCUAUAUGGGGACCACCAGUCAGUGUCUUUACAAAUCGAUUCGGCGGUGCCGCCCGUGAGACUGCCUCCACCCCGUAUACCCUUCGCCAUUAAGGGCAUCGCGGAAGAAGAAAUCAAUCGCUUAUGCUGUCAAGGUAUUCUGGAGCCUGUGGAAUACUCCGAUUGGGCAACGCCAAUAGUGCCCGUGGCAAAAAGAGAUGGUUCCAUCCGUAUAUGCGGCGACUACAAAUCAACGCUGAAUAAGGCAAUUAAGACACACUGUCAUCAAAUUCCAGCCGUUAGCACGCUUUCGGCUUCGAUUGAAGGUGGAUCGAUUUAUGCAAAUAUUGAUUUGGCACAGGCAUACCAACUGCUCAUGGUUGAUGAGCGUUCAUCACUCCUGCAAACAGUGUCAACGCAUAAAGGUGCAUUCAAGGUAACCAGGCUGCAGUUUGGCAUCUCAUCAGCGCCCGGUUUAUUCCAAAGCUGCAUCGAAAACGUUUUGCAAAGCAUUCGUGGCGUCUUGCCGUACAUUGAUGAUAUCGUGGUCAUAGGUAAGUCGGAAGAUGAGCUCGCAAACAAACUGGAACAAAUAUUUGUACGCUUCGACAAGGCCGGACGACGUUUGCGCAAGGACAAGUUUCAAUUUAGUGUGCCAUCUAUCGAAUUUUUGGGUUUUAAACUAGACAAUCUCGGUAUACGACCCUCACCUGACAAGAUCAAGGCCAUGCAUGAAGCACCACCGCCAAAAGACAAGAAGCAACUCCAAGCGUUUCUGGACGUAUCAACGAACAAAAAUCUAAGCGCAAUGAAUUACUAUGCGUAUCGUAUGAUGAUUCGUACACAUGAGGAGAAUGUCAUUCAGAAGUGCCGUCGGCUAUUCCAGCAAUUUGCUGUCGACAUGUAUGUCAAAGUCGAGACCGAAAGUUUAGCGUUCAUCCGAUUCAAUCAGGCAAAGUUACGAUCUGAGGACUAUAUACACUUGCGCGAUGCUAUUCAUUCAGAUGGUAAUGUUCAGAAUAUUGGACGCCUGACGAUUCUUUCAUCACCUUAUAUCGAAAGCCCACGUCACAUGCAUGAAUGCGCUAUGGUGCACGUGCGAAAUUAUGGAGUUCCGGAUUUGUUAUUUUCAUUACUGAAAAAAUGA